GACUUCUCUCCAGUGCGCGUGCUGAGGAGACUCCGAUGUUGGCCUCAGCUCCCAGGCUGAACUCGGCAGAUCGGCCCAUGAACACGGAUGUUUUGAGACAAAGGAGAGGCGCCGUGAGGAAACAGCAGCUCUUAUCCUGGGCUUGGCGGCAAGGAAGAGGUCAGGCGGUGGGAAUCUUGCAAUCUGAGAAGCAGACCGAAAGGUGACAAAGAAGCUGAAGAUGGGUGGUGGAGAAAGGUGUAACAUUCCAGCCCCUCAGUCUAGAAAUAGUAGUAAGAACCAACAACAGCUUAACAGACAGAAGACCAAGGAUCAAAAUCCCCAGAUGAAGAUUGUUCAUAAGAAAAAAGAAAGAGGACAUACUUACAAUUCGUCGGCAGCUGCAUGGCAGGCCAUGCAAAAUGGGGGGAAGAACAAAAGUUUUUCAAGUAAUCAGAAUUGGAACUCUAGCUUAUCGAGUCCCACCUUACUUUUUAAGUCUCAAACCAGCCAGAACUAUGCAGGAGCCAAAUUCAGUGAACCACCAUCACCAAGUGUUCUUCCUAAACCACCAAGCCACUGGGUUCCUGUUUCCUUGAAUCCUUCUGAUAAGGAAACUAUGACAUUUCAACUUAAAACCUUACUUAAAGUACAGGUAUAAUAGUACUAAUGGUCAUGUCAAUUAUAUUUUAAGGGUUUGUUGGUCAGAAACAUUUGCUAGGGAAUUAACCUGCAGAAAUGAUUAAUGUAGAAAAUGCACUGAUACAAUGGCUUGUAACAGUGUAAAUUAAAAUAAUUUUAUUUUGUACGAAGAAUUUUCAAUCUUAAGUGUAGGUUCUGAGAAAUAGAAUUGUUUCUAUUGCUUUUUUGUAGGGAGGAUAUUGAGGACUAUCACUUACAAAGAAGAAAAUUUGCUUAAGUUGAAGACAAGGGCCUAAAAUUUAUCUCAAAGCUUAAUGGAUAACGUGAUGCACUGCCGGAAGAAAAUGUGAAUUUUUUUUCUUAAGAAUAGCUGUAUUUUAGUAAGAACUGUAGUAGCAAGUGG